GUCGCGCUCCUCGCGGACAUAAACAAACCUCGCCUGGCUCCCAGCUGCGGCUCGGAGCGCACGCCGACCUCACCGCUCUGCUCGGUCCCUGCCUGGCACCACCGGCCCCGCUCCGGCUCCUUUCGCCUUUCUUCCUGUACCUGAGGCAGGUGACAGCACGGACAUGUCUCGGGAGCUGCAGGAUGUGGACCUCGCCGAGGUGAAGCCUUUGGUGGAGAAAGGGGAGACCAUCACUGGCCUCCUGCAGGAGUUUGACGUUCAGGAGCAGGACGUCGAGACUUUGCAUGGCUCCAUUCACGUCACGCUGUGCGGGACCCCCAAGGGCACCCGGCCCGUCAUCCUCACGUACCAUGACAUCGGCAUGAACCACAAAACCUGCUACAACCCCCUCUUUAACUCUGAAGACAUGCAGGAGAUCACCCAGCAUUUCGCCGUGUGCCACGUGGACGCCCCUGGGCAGCAAGAUGGCGCCGCAUCCUUCCCCAUGGGGUACAUGUACCCCUCCAUGGAUCAGCUGGCCGAAAUGCUUCCUGGAGUCCUUCACCAGUUUGGGCUGAAAAGUGUUAUCGGCAUGGGAACUGGAGCCGGCGCCUACAUCCUCACUCGAUUUGCUCUGAACAACCCUGAGAUGGUGGAGGGCCUGGUCCUCAUCAACGUGAACCCUUGCGCAGAAGGCUGGAUGGACUGGGCCGCCUCCAAGAUCUCCGGGUGGACCCAAGCCCUUCCAGACAUGCUGGUGUCCCACCUCUUUGGGAAGGAGGAAAUGCAGAAUAACGUGGAGGUGGUGCACACCUACCGCCAGCACAUCAUGAACGACAUGAACCCCGGCAACCUGCACCUGUUCAUCAAUGCCUACAACAGCCGGCGGGACCUGGAGAUCGAGCGGCCAAUGCCCGGAGCACACGGAGUCACCGUGCAGUGUCCCUCUUUGUUGGUGGUUGGGGACAAUUCUCCUGCUGUGGAUGCUGUGGUGGAGUGCAACUCGAAACUGGACCCAACAAAGACCACCCUCCUCAAGAUGGCAGAUUGCGGUGGCCUCCCACAGGUGUCCCAGCCGGCCAAGCUUGCCGAGGCCUUCAAGUACUUCGUGCAGGGCAUGGGAUACAUGCCCUCCGCCAGCAUGACCCGCCUGAUGCGUUCCCGCACGGCCUCGGGCUCCAGUGUCACGUCCCUGGAGGGUGCCCGCAGCCGCUCCCACACCAGCGAGGGCACCCGUAGCCGCUCCCACACCAGCGAGGGCGCCCGCAGCCGCUCCCACACCAGCGAGGGUGCCCGCCUGGACAUCACCCCCAAUUCUGGUGCCACUGGGAACAACACCGGGCCCAAGUCCAUGGAGGUGUCCUGCUAGGCGGCCCGUGUGGACAUCUGCCCCCUGGACUCUGGGAUCGCUGUAGCUGCCCCCUCCUCCAGCCCCUUCCCGUUCCCCGCCUGCCACACCGCACGUAACUUGGUAUUAAUCCAAAGCUUAUUUUGUAAGAGUGAGCUCGGGUGGUGACAAAGUUAGAUGGGGUCUGUCGAGGGCGCCCUUUCGGAGGGCAGGGCGGGUGGACCAAAGGAAAAGAAGCAUCUCAGUGUCCUGUUUUCAUUACGAGUGGCCUAAUGGCCAGUGUCUUACCCUCUCCCAGAGAUGCCAAACUGCCAAAAACAAGAAACACACUAGCAAACACUUCAUAAAUCCGAACCUCUGCUGACCGGGGCAUCCUGGUUCUAAGGGGCUUUUUGUCGGAAGCCCCGCCCACCUGCUUCCAGUUUCCUCUCCACCUGAAGAAAAACAGACCCACUUCCUGGAAAGAAAACUUUUCUGAUUCGGAAAGGAGGAGAGCAAUGAAUCGUGGGUUCCUCUUUUUCCUAGGCCAAAUAGGGAGCGGGAAAAAAUGGUAGAAUUUACGUGGAGGCUAGAAGAGUUUGGAAAAGCAGAUCUACGUAGUUAACUUGAAAUUGAUUUUUAAAGUUUUUGCAUAUAUACACUUUUAAAUGCCGAAGCAUACAAGCCUGCCUUUCUGGCAUUUCUUUAAUAGACACGAAAGUGGCAAGAAAAUCUCUGGCUUUGCAAAGAAACGGUCUCGACAAACGUUUGUUACCAUGGAUUUAAGGCUUUGGCUAUGCUAUCUGCCUCUUCCUUCUCACCCCAAAUACAUGAGCGGGUGCUUAUUUCAUUCAUGGGAAGAUCAUUUAGAGUUCAGUUGCUUUCCUUGACGUGGAGGGGACAUUCCGCACAGCUGUCCCUGGCUGUGGUGCAUCUCCACGCAGUGGGGGCAGGGGUGUCGGGGUGGGGGAGGGGUUUGGGUACUAGACGUAGGAGGUUCCUUGUGGUUGUUGUGAUGGGAUCUAGUGCAGUCGUGGUUUCAAUUGACUCCGUCCUGGUUCCCAGGAAUCUUGCGUGAUUGAUUUAAUCCAGCUUGCAAUCUUUGAUAACUGAGGUUGAAUCUGAGCUUGACAUUCCUGGAUCUUCAGAUAGAACUGUUCGCUCUUGUAUGCGGUGGGGAUUCGGGCGGGCAGUGGUGGCUGAGAAGACGUAAGAUUCUGGAAUGUAUAUCCCAUGCUGUGUCUUUCCCUCUCCCACCUUCCCCUCUUCCCUGCCCCUCUUAACUUCCUCUGUCUGAAUGGGGUGGCACCACUGACAUUUAGGGCAACGUCAGCGUAGCUGUAAAGUUCCUGUACUACUGCCUUUUGAAUUUUCGUUUUGGCUAACCAUGGAUCUUCUUAGAGGAAGUUUGAUCAGAGUGAAUGGAACAUUGCGAAUCAGCUGCGGGGACCUCGUGGUAGAAGGAAAUAGUCAAGCCUUCUAGGUAGCUCGAGGGGGUAAUGACUCAGUUGACCUGCCACCUACACCUGAGAGGCUUCCCCUGACCUUGCGCAGAAAGGUCAGGGGUCAGGGCAGGAGUAGCUGAAUGGAGACAGGAAACUGUUGUGUACAAGUCUUUCCAGAGGAGUUUCUUAAUGAGAUAUUUGUAUUUAUUUCCAGACCAAUAAAUUUGUAACUUUGCAGUG